AUGACACUCUCACCACCAGAGCAGACUCUCACCUCCAGAGCAGACUCUCUCACCACCAGAAUAGACUCUCACCACCAGAGCAGACUCUCACCUCCAGAGCAGACUCUCACCUCGCGAGGGAGCAGACUCUCACACCACCUUUACAGAGCAGACUCUCACCACAAGAGCAAGGACAUGUUGGAGAUAGUCGUGAGAGAAAAUCUGGCUCCAGCAGGUCUUGCUCCCCCCAGGUUGAGGCCAGUACAUGGGACAUUGAUGGAGGUGACCUGGGACCCCCCCUCUCAGCCCCACGGACCCCCACCACUCUACCAGGUGGAGCGAACCGACCUCUCUCUCUCUGACCCCCGUGACCUCGUCGUUAGGGGGGCGAGGUUUCCCGGCAACGGUUACCACCGGUUCCCCAGCGACACACUACCGAUCAACAGCGACUUCACAGGGCUCCGGUUGAGUUUCAGAACGCGAGCAUCAGACGGCCUGCUCCUCUGUGCUGUGUCUCCUGGAAACCAAGAGGAGUACCUGGCUCUGCAGAUCCGCAAUGGACGCCCCUACUUCCUGUUUGACCCACAGGUAAACUACAACCAUGGCCGCCUCCGGGUUCGACCCACAGGUAAUGCAUCUGCUUCCAGCGGCAGUAGCAUUAUUGGGGAAACACAGGGUGUUCAUCGGGGGCUACCAGAGGACUUCACUCUACUCAGACACGACUCAGGUGAUGCUCAGCUGGUACAACAGGGGUUCUCUGGUUGCCUUAGAGACGUGCAGGUGAAGAUGAUUGACAGCCCCUCUGAGAUGUGGCAGCCUCUUGAUUGGUCCAGAGCCACAGAGAGGGUUGUGGCCUAUGAGAGCUGGGAAGGAUGCCCCGCCCACACAGAGGAGGGGGCCCACUUCUUGGGACAAGGGUUCCUAGAGCUGAGUCCAGAGGUGUUCCGUGGAGGAGAAGACUUUGACAUCACCUUUGAGUUCAGGACGGACCAACUCAACGCUCUGCUGCUGUUUUCCUACAACACACACACCUCCGAUUAUAUACUGGCUGAGUUGGAAGGAGGAAUGCUGUCAUUGGUUCUAUCCUGGCGUGGUCACAUGACCGAGCUGAGCAUGUGGGCGGGGCUUAGCUACUGCGACGGUGGCUGGAACCAACUCUCAUUGGUCAAACAGGGAGAAGUCAUCUCAGCCUCCAUGAAUGAUUGGUCAGAACAGCUGAGGGGGGCGGCAGGGGGGGAGUUGGGGGUGGACUCACCCCUCUACCUGGGAGGAGUGCCUCCUCAACUUAACCAUGGAGCUCUGGUUAGCCACAGUCACAGACAUGGUCUGGGAGGGUGUGUGAGGGGUGUAACAGUUCGGAGUGGUCCCGUUACCGGUUCCGUUGGUGUACCGGAUGUUUCUGCCGUUAGUCUGUCUGCCUCCACCCGCCGCUCUGUUAGGAUCAAUCUGGACGGCUGCCCGGCAACCGACAGCAUCUUCUAUUGCCGUGGCAACGACUCUGUGUUGGUGUACAUGGGCCAAGAGACACAGGCUAGAGACCUGGGAGUACAACCUUUUACAG